AUGGUGGUGUUGUCAUUUUCUUUGGAGAAUGGUCAGUCAGCUGAGUCACCCGACGAAGAAUGCCUACCGUUUAAAGCACUGCAUGCAUUGAGCUUCAACUCACGGCUUCGGCUAUACACUGAACCAGACUCCCUACAUUCCUUCUGGAAUGACCUCAAGAAUUCAUACAAGCGUGCUGACCUACAACCAGCACUUCUCCUGGGAAUCACCCUAUCGCAAAUGUCCCAUGGACCUUUCACCAGUGGGUCCAACCAAUAUACCCGUGUUCAGACAGCCGAGCUCCUCUCAGAGAUCCUCACUGAAGAUGAGUUUCAAGCCUUACGAGAGGCUAUGCUGCGAGACAGAGGGGGGCGAGAGGACUAUGUAAACCACAUCCCUGAGCAAAAGGAAGACCUGCCAAGUCUGGCCGCUGAGCUUGACGAGAUCAGACGCAACUAUUCCAACAAACUGGAAAUGGCAUGCCACUACUACCAAGAUCCGCUGUUGCCCCUUGAGUUCAAGGCAAUGUACUGGGCAUCCAGCGCGGUUAUGCGAGAAUACCAGAGCACACUGGAGGAAUCCACACUUCGAUGGAGAGCAGCUCGUUCAAAGGGCCAAACGUGGUUCCCGACCGUCAUCCAGACUAUGUGUUCCAUCAAUGAUGCAGAGACUAUGAAAAAGCUGCACAUCUCGUUAGAGCGUGGGCAACACUACGAGGUGGAUACCACUGAAAUUGAACUACUCAACAAGUACGCAGUGCUGGCCAUUGAGAUUUGCUCUGCGAGAUGCUGGUCACAGAGUCAAUAUACAAUUGUGUUGCCUAAUGUCUUCUCUUUGGUCCACCACGAGACGCCGCAAGAGCGUCAAAGGGGCAUCCGCCUUGUGAAAAAGAUCUGGGACGCUGUGCUGAAAGCAGAGGAGUUUGUGUACGGUGAUGGCAUGAUGGCAGCGGAUACCAAGGAUGCCCUUAAACAGAUCCUGAAAGACAUGGCAUGGAACAACACUCAAGUGACCCGGGAACUAUACUUGGUUUGCAACCAGGCAGCGUGGCAAGCUGAUCACGCAGAAGACGAACUCAAGUGGACCAGGUUGGAGCCCACUGCCAAUGAUUUCACCCGUUGUGUGGGACAAACUCGGUUCUCUGUAGAUGAGAAAAAGCGCGGAAAGACCUUUGACAUCCCCAAAGCUUUUGCUCUACCUGCAUGCUUGAGAUACAAGCCUUCCAAUCUGAAGGUGGUUGACAGAUCAGCAGGGACGGCCGCCAACCACCGCAGCGCAGCUGCGACUGCCUGGAUCAUCUCAAACGCUGUGAGUGACUUCAGACAUGCUGCUGAUGCAUGGACAGGUUGUCUCCUCCUCAAGCGGAAGAUCUACCAGAAUGAAAAGGGGAAGGCCUAUCUUUGCCUGGGUUUUCGUUCCUAUGAGUACAUCGUCACAAAAAAAGAGCUUGCUACUGGUAGCCUACCACGCUGGAUGAUGAACGCUGAGAUUACUGGAGAGGGUAAGUGGCAAAUGCUUCCAACUGAGCUUCGCUUGCCUUGCCAAAUCCCUGAUGCAUUGAGCUCUUUUGGUAGCGUGUGGGAGGUGGUUGGCCCACCCCAACCACUUUUGAAGAGCGCUGUGAAAGCGGGGGUUUGCAUGACUGCUGCAGACCUCCAGAAGAUUCAAAAGAUUCUCAAGUAUCCCCUCCCCCCAAGGGGCAAGGGAUCCGGCAAGUCAGGGAAUUUGGUGAAGCAGGACUUUGCAGAGGCUCUCGUAAAUAUGCUAUGGCCAGAAGAUACCCCCGAGGAAAAGAAGAGGAUGGUGGAUGCCCUUAUGGGAAAAACACUGCCUCGUGUGAAAUGUGCGAAUGAUGUGAUAGCAGCGGUCAAAGAGCUUGGUGCCGAGGCAGAAAGAGACUUUAGGGAACUUCACCAAGUUGCACUCAAUCAAGAGGCAGUUGAGAAAGAGCGGCGGCUUAGGGGCCCGAAUGUACAGGAACGCCAGGACCAAAAGACUUUCACCCCCCAUUCGCUGAGAAAGUUGCUGCCUCCUGGACAGGGACGCGUGAAAGGUUUCCUGGACACUCAUGCAGCAACCUGGGAUGGACCCGUCAGAAAGCUCACAGAAACUCAGGCGUUGAAAGAGUGUGUCCUAGACUUCGCAUGGGCUAAGCACCUACCUACAGAAGAAAUGAUUGCUGCUGUCGUCAGCAACUUCGAUGCCAACACGGGUAUGCUAGAUGCGGACACUGGUAUGGAAGAGGUGGCCUCGUCGUCAGCAGCGGCUUUGCCAAAGGCUAAAGGCCGUGGCCGUGGCCGUAGCAAAGCUAUGCCAAAGGCCAGCAAAGCUGCACCAAAGGCCAAAACGGGCAGAUCACGGGGUGGACGCCAUUAA